AUUUGGAUUCUAGGGGGCGCAUGGAUCGCUCUACUGCGUCAUCAUCCAAUGCUCCAGUCGUAGGUUACGAGAAAGUAGCGGUUUAAAUACAGGCUGCCGAAACUCGAGGUUUAUUGAGGUAUUGUCUGUCGCUCGAUUACUUCUGAUUUGCUAGACUCUCUAUCGUGUAUUGAAAUAUUAGAAAAUAUCGAAACGUGUAGAUAUUUAUUACUAACUUUAGGAUUAUUUUUACAAUCUAAAAAGUGACAUGGAGGUUGAAAAGCUUUACCCUCUUGUAUUGGUGACGCUUGUUGCGCUGUGCUACAGCAACUCCUUGCACUGCGGGUUAGUAUUCGAUGACUUGGCCGCCGUCAGAGACAACAGAGACAUCAGAUCGCAUACUCCAAUUCUCAAUUUAUUUCAGAAUGACUUUUGGGGAACACCUAUCAGAAAGGAUCACAGUCACAAGUCUUACCGUCCACUUACUGUCCUGAGUUUUCGACUGAACUAUGCCGUCCACGGUCUCGCCCCCUUUGGAUAUCACUUCGUGAACAUUUUGCUGCAUGCCUUCAUUUGCCUCCUUUUCUACAAAUUGUGCCUCCAUUUCCUGUCUGGAGCUUCUAGUUUAGUGUCCAGUGCUCUCUUCGCUGUUCAUCCCAUUCACACAGAGGCCGUGACUGGCGUGGUGGGUCGAGCGGAACUUCUAUCGGCAGCUGCCUUCGUUGGUGCCUUACUCUUUUACAUCCAGAAAAGAUACCACCAUAAAGCAAAUACUUGGCAAGAUUGUGGUGUGACUUCUGUACUGGCGAUGCUAGGACUUCUUUGUAAGGAACAAGCAGUCACUGUCCUGGUCGUUUGCUGCAUCUAUGAGUGGAUUGUACCAAAGAUCCCUGGCCGGGUGCAAAGUAUGGUUUUAGGUCGCAACAGUGUCUCGCCUUGGUGGAAGGAUAAAGCAUUAAGAAGUUUGAUUUUGCUAGGAGUAUUUAUCUCAGCUGUGUAUUUCAGGUGGAGGAUUAUGGGAACGCGGAUGCCCAUCUUUAGCAGAUUUGACAAUCCUGCUGCGGUUUCUUCAACGCCUACACGUCAGAUGACCUACAACUAUCUAUUGGCUGUGAACGCAUGGCUGCUACUCUUUCCCUGUCAUCUCUGCUGCGACUGGACAAUGUCUACAAUUCCCCUCAUUACAGAUCUCUGGGACUUCAGGCAUAUCGCAACACUGGGACUGUAUGCAUCUGUACUUUACAUAUCCAGGAACGCUGUAAAAUUAGAAGAUGAUGCCAAAGCAGCAAUUAUUAUGAGCAUAUCUCUAAUCGUCUUUCCUUUCGUGCCAGCGAGCAACCUGUUUUUUUCUGUGGGCUUCGUCGUUGCAGAGAGAGUUCUUUAUAUUCCUAGCAUGGGAUUUUGCAUGCUGGUCGCGCAAGGUUGGAGUGCUCUUUACUCAAAAAGAGUCAACUUCAGCUGCGGUCUAGUUUUUCUGCCGACUGAUGUGCUAUUAGAAUUCUCCCAAAGAUCUACACUUAUUCUACGGAGUUUACGUCUGAAGACUUUGCAGUUCAAGCCAUGCGUUGAAUAUCUUCACUGUUCAAGAGCUCUCCGACGGCUGCUGUACGAUGAGAUGUAA